AUGGCGGAGAAAAAUCCUUCUCAGAAGAAAAGGAAACAACGGAGUAGGGGUCCUCCUGGCCCGGAUCAGGCCGUCAUUAACUGGAAAGAGGAGGAAUUUCAUAACCUCGUUAGGGGGCAUAACUUUCGACCUGAGUGGGGGGCUCGAUAUCCUCCGUCUGGAUCUACUGCACUGGAUGCCCCCCCCGGUUUUAUCACUUUAUAUGCUGCUUUUUUCCGAGAGGGCAAUUUUAGGUUGCCCAUUACUAAGUUUGUUGCCGGUGUUUUGAGGGGUUAUGGUCUUCAUAUCUCUCAGAUAAAUGCCAUUGGGCUUCCCCGGAUUACUCACUUCGAGUUUGUUUGCCGGUCUUAUCGGGUUGAACCAACGUUUCAGAUGUUCAACACUUUUUAUAGUGUGACAUAUUCUAGUGGUUUUUAUUCUUUUCAAGCCAGGACGGGGGUUGUCCCAGUGUGUUCUGCCCCAAUAAAGGGUAUUCAUGACUGGAAACAGAAGUUUUUCUACAUUCGUCGUGGAGUGAUUCCGUCGGAGAUGACGUAUAGGCAGGUCGAUCAAGGGAUUCCAAGGGUGGAACCGUUGGAGAAUUUUGCUGCCCAAGAAUGGUAUGGGAGGAUAACGGCCAAGGCAACUGCUAUUUCUCAACUGGAUGAAAUGGCCUUGGUCGGUGCUGGGAUGAGCAUGUUAUGGGUGCCUAAGCAUCCUUUGGGUCAGCCUGUAUACAGCCAUAAGGGCAAAUUUGGUUAUAGCUUGUUGAAUGCUUUGGACCCCAAGGCUGCUGGUGCCAUGGUUGAAGCCAUCCAGGCUGAUGGUAACCCGACGUGGCUGGAUCAAAUACAAGAUCGCUUCUUGCACCCUACCGAGCAAAGUUUGAACCGAUAUGCUGCUGAGGUUCUUGGUGAGGAUGUUUUGGGUGACUUUGUUAACUCUGAUCAAGAGGAUGUCAUCGUUGUUUCCAGUGGGAGUUCUGGUCGGAGUGGUGGGGAUCUGACGUCUCGUUCCGCGCGUGCAGGUACCGUGCCUGGUGGCAAUGCUGAACCUGUACACGAGGUUGUUGGAGAUGAUGAUGAUGACGUGGAAGCGUCUAUUGAUCCGUCUGCUCAGUUGGAGACGAGGAAGAAAGCUCGGAUUGAUGGGUCUGGAAGGAAAGGAGAGGGAGUUGAGGGUGGAGCUGCCGGAUCUUCUCGUAAGCGACCCUCCAUUCUUUCUUAUCUAGAUUAUGUAGUAGUGUCUGAUACGUUGUCUGGCUUAGGCCCUGGGGAGGUGCGUCAAGGGUCAGAUCUUGAUGAUAAAGCCACUUUAACUGAGCAUAUGAAGAAGAAGGCUCUUGAUGAUCAUAAGCGUCAUCUUGAUGAACAAGCUGCUGCCCUUCUUGCGGCCAAGAGGGCCAAGCUUCAAAAGGAUGCCCCCCCAGCCCCUUCUGAAUCUGAGGUUGAUUUGGGUGUAUUUAGUGGGGGUCGAGGGAAUUUGUUGGAGAAGAUAUUUGAGGCUUCUGCUCCCCGGCCUGAAUCUAAGACUAGCAAGAAGCCACGGCCAGUGGAUAUUUCGCAGAUUACGCCACCUACCUCUCCUCCUUCGAGGACUGUUGGCUUGACCCCUCCUCGAGAUGAUGCUGAUGUAACUGUGAAGGGCGGUGAAGGGUUUGAAGGUAUAUUUGAGGGAGGUGACGCUGCUGGUGGUGAUGCUGGUGGAGUUGAUAAGGGUAAAGGUAUUGAGGUGGAGAUGGAGUCUAGUGAGACUACUCCACAACAAACCAUUUACACAAAACGUCCUCCCGUUGAAGGUGGAGCCACUUCUGGCUUUGUGCGGAGUCCGCACUUUGAACAAAAUCCUGGUGAUUCCUGGGGUAACCCGGCUUGCGAUGAUUUGCCGCACGUCCCCCGUUGGGGCCUUACUCAGGGCUCCCGCAUGAAUGACUUGCAGAACUGUCAGGAGUUCUUCUCAUUAUCCCUUCCUCCUGCCGAGAGGAUGUUUCAGAAAAACCGCAGCCGAUUUGCCCUUAUAGAUGAUCAUGUUACGGCUGGGGUUAACUUCUUUGCCACCUCUCAGGAGAUUCUUCGUGAGUGGCGUUCUAUGGGAGAAGAAACUAUGGCGUUUGAGGAGGCCAAGAAGGCAUUUGCUGAAGAGAAGGAAAAAUUUAAUACAGAGCAGAAGGGUCUUCAAUGGCGGGUUACUGAGGCUGAGCGGAAAUUUGAAGAGCAGAAACAGUUAAACGAGCAAAAACAAAAGGAUUGGGAGUCGGCCUGUGCUCGUACGAACGCGGAGAUGCAGUCGCAGCGUGAUGCUAUUGUGCGGCUGUCUGGUGAGAAGACUGCUCUCGCGGAAGAAGCUCAUCAAACGCGUCUUGCGGCGGAGAAGAAGGAAAAGGAGUACAUUGCGCGGAUAGAUAAGCUGGAGCUUCUUGUGCAGGCGAAGACUUCGGAAUGUGAGGCUGCUCAGCGUCUUCUUGAUGAGAAGGCGGCGGAGUGCCGUGCCGCUGAGCUCCUUGCUGAGGAAGCUUCAGCUGAUAGUAGGUGGCUGCUAUCUCGUGGUGUUCCAUUGCUUGCUGAUCGUAUCUUGAAUUCUCCUGAGCUUGCCCAAUACAUGUUUGAGUUGGGUGGGGCAGGUUAUAAUAGUGGCCGCAAGAAUGGAUAUGCUGAAGGCAGGUGUGCUGCUGCAAACAAUGAGAAGGAUUAUAAGUUUGAGCUGUAUAAAGCUGAUUGCGAUAAUGCGUAUGCGAAGAAACGGCGAGAGUUUGCAAUGCUUGAUUUUGCCGUAGUUAAGGCUGCUGGUAAGUUGGCCCUCAAAGCGGAUGGGGUAGCUUUGUUGAAGAAGGCAUUGGGAGAAGAUGAUGCUAGCGGUGCGGGUGGUGCUGGUUCCAGCCGCACUUAGUUUGGGAUUUCCGGCCUGUGCGCCGCGUACAGCCUUGUAUGGGCUUGUAAUGAUGUUUCAAGACAAUUUGCUUACUUUGUACUUUUGUGUACUUUGACGAUUGUUUGUUGCUCUGAUUGUGUUUAUGCAAAUUUUGAAAUCGUCAUAAUAUGUGCAUGUUUUAAUUACUUUGAUUAGGUGUCGCGAAUGAAUGAUGGCGCUGACAGGUGAUGUUGUGUUAUGACAACGUUUUUAUUCUGUCGUUUAAGUAUGCGCGCUUGUAUGUGAUAUA